AAGGAAAGUGUCUGUCAAUGCCACUAUCAAAUACAGUAGAUGCCGGCGAAUCAUUUCCUUUGUCUCUAUGCUUGUAUUUAACAAAGUUGCAUAAUUUUUUGCAUGCUGUACUAAAUGGUAAUUUGCAUAUAAAUUUGGAAGAUUCUCAAAAUCCUUGA